GAUUUGCAGAGGAAGAUGAUAAAGACCUUAGUUGUACUCCAGAGAGAGAGAUACUAUAACCAGAGUAGAGAGAGAGAGAGCGCUACCAUACCGGAGUAGAGAGAGAAUUCCACAAUAAACUAGAAAGCGCCCCAUGUUUUUUUAAAAAAAAUUUGAACUCUUCCUUUCAUCUGCUAUUGAGGUACCAUUACACAAACCUUGAGUUCUUUUCAUCUUUACAUUCAAUUAUUUACUAUAUUAUGCAUUUUCUGUAUUUAUUUUCCUGAUCCAAAGAUACCAAAGAAGAAAAAUGGAUGAAAAAGAAGGUGAAGGUACUAAAUUAGAACCAGGAGAAAAAGCCAUAUCUGCAGUUGCAGAAGAUGGUGGUUUUGGUGAAGAAUUCGAAGACUUAUACAGUGAUGUUAAUAUUUCGGAGAAUUUUAUUGGAUCUUUUGAGAAACAAAGCGGUGAUAACGCAUUAGAGAAAGUUAAAAACACUGUAGCAAAUAACCCAUCAAUGGGAAAUUUUCAGAAACAAGAAAUUCACGAGAAAAUCUCAGUUGUAUCCCAAAGGGACGUCAAAACCCUCGGAAAUUUAGUGGGUUCUUCAAAACAAGAACAGAGAACUGUUGAGAAUUUGGUGGGUGUUUCAGGAAUUUCAAUGGAGAAUAUUGGGAGUGUGAAAAUGGGUUAUCAAAGCAUAGGUGCAGGGUUUCACACCAAUGAAGCCAUUAGGAGAGAGGAUUUACAGAGACUUGGUCCUGGGCCCAACGAACCCAUUUUGAAAGAACCCAUUAAGACAGAGAAUUUACAGAGGGAAGGACCUAGUGGCAACGAACACAUUUUGAAAGAACCCACUAGGAGAGACAAUCCGCCAGAACAAAACAUACCCAUUUUGAGUGAACCCAAUAAGAUGGAGAUUUUACAGAGACCACGAGUGGGCAAUUUAAUCGGGAAUAACGAAAGCGGGGACACAGUUGGUGGGGGAACAACACUCUAUAUCGGUGAUUUGCAUUGGUGGACAACUGAUGCGGAUCUAGAGAGGGAAUUAUCAAAGUAUGGGGUAGUGAAAGAAUUGAAAUUCUUCGAAGAGAGGGCAGCUGGCAAAUCAAAGGGCUAUUGCCAGGUUGAAUUCCACCACCCCAAUUCAACCUUAGCGUGCCAAGAAGGAAUGAACGGUCACCUAUUUAAUGGUCGUCCUUGUGUGGUGGUUCGAGCCUCACCUGAGAGCAUAAGGCGAAUGGGGGAGACUCGAAUGAACAAGAAUGCCACAGCCCCUUUUCAAUCACAUUCUCAAUUUAGAAGAGACCAUGUUCAAGAUCGAAAUCGAAACAUGGGUUCCAAUUAUCAGGCACAAACUGGAAGUGGGUCUUUGAAUGUGGGUUUUGGGAGAGGGAAUAGAGGCUUAAUGGGAGGCCGCAGGACUGGAGGAACAAUGGGUGGAGUUGGGGGUUCAACUGGAACUGGAGGCGUAAUGGGAUUUGGCCAAAACCUCUCUCAGCCACAUAUGCCACCAAAUUUUAUGGUGACUCAAGCUUUUGAUCCAAAUUUUGGUGCACCAUUGGGUAGGCUAGGUUUCAGAGGUGGUUUAAUGGCUUCUCAGCCUCCAUAUCCAGCAACAUUUCAGGGGGUUGGCAAUAUCAGUUUUCCAAGAGUAGCUGCACGCUUAAACCCUGCAUUUCUUGGUCAUGGAAUGGGGAGUAGUGCGAUGGUUUUGCCUGUAAACAGUGGGAUGGAGCAUGGUGGGGCAAUGGGGAUGUGGUCUAGUCAAAGAAUGGAUACUUUGUUGGGAGAAGGGCAAGAAUGGGUAAUGGAAGAGCCAAGUUAUGCGGAACAAGCUGGACCCAAUCAUGGGUAUGGUGAAAGGAGCCAUGCAAGAGGUAAGAUGCCUGAUUUUUCGAGAGGCAGAAACUGGCAGUCUGAAAUGGACAGGUCGGGGAAGUUGUUGAGAGAGACAGAAGUGGGUUCAGAGGGUGAAUGGUCAGGAAGUUCGGAGAGAAGGCAAUGGGAUAGUUCAGAACAAUGGGAUGAUCGAUAUGUUGCUAAGGAGAGAGACAUGAAACGAAAAGGGGUUUUGGAUAGGAGGGGCCAAGAAGAGAGAGAACAGAGGUUGGGCAAGGCUCCUGUAAGAGAGGAAAGAGAAAGGUACCAAGAGUUGGAGAACAGGGAUGAGUGGGAUAGCAGGCACAAUUCGAGGUCUCAUAUCAAAUCCCUGCAACUUCGUGAUGAAGAUCAAUGGUCAAGGACGAGAGAUUCAGACCACUGGAAGAGGCGGCAUUUACCACCUGAAUAUUAGGAUCUCACUGCUUGGCUGGGGUAAAAAAGCGAUCAUUGUGAAUAACAUAGCAUGUUUGACCUGACCUAGGUUCUUUUAUUGUGAGGCAACCAUUUUCUUUUAUUCUGAGGGUGGACGCAUCAUCUGGAGGAAAAGAUUGAGACUGGUGGUUUGAGGCCUUGAGCAUGAACUUUCAAGGAAACUACACAAUGCAAUGUUUGUCCUGGUCUGUACCAGAAGUUUCAGGAAACUUCAUUACCAAUGGUCAAUUACAUUGCUUCUAUGAAAGAUAUUUUGCUGAAAUUGCUUUUAAAAAUGCCUUCUUGAUGAGUGUGAUGUAUGUGUAUACUAGAACUUUAGAAGGAAGUUGAAUAUGUUCUAGGUUGAGUGUUUGCAAUGGAUCAAGCCAUGGAGGUCAGGAUUUUGAAAAGAGGUACUUCAUAGGAUACAAGCUUCCGUUUGGAAUAAGGAAAUAGUAAUAUUGUAUCUUUCCGCCGUGUGGUCUCCAAUGCAUUGCAAACGGUGUGAGGAGGAUGAAGGACAGUGUCACCAACGGCCAGAGACUGUGUGAAUAAAAUUUUUAGAAUUACUUGGAAGUCAUACCUACGCGGGGAUACUUGGACGAGGAGAAGAUGGAGAUGAUUUAUAUCGCAAGUAAUAAUUAUUUGAGUGAUGAAUAGGAUGGCGUUCAUGUGUUUGUAGUAUAAAGGAUUCUCAAAGUAAGUUCAUAUAUCAACCGUAGUUUAUUCAAGUUCUUUUGAUAUUUAGUAUUUUAUGAAUAAUUAAAUAAUAAAUUAUACAUCAAGUUUUAGAAGGUCAGGUAAGCAUUGAGAUGUGAAAAAAAAUUCUCCGUGUUUUCUUAGUCAUUUUUUUAAGGAAAAAAUUUGGAAAACCAUAUAAUCCAAAAUUCUAAAUAUUGAAAACCAUUAUUUACUUGUGCUAAAAUCCAACUAUGGAACCCAUAAUCCACUGUGGUCAUCACCAUCCAAUGAACCAGUGAAUGCCGAUGGAAAGAGGUGGGACCCACAAGGACAUUAUAUGACCCCAAUGAUGGGUCCCACUCUUUUGUCAUAAUCAUCCAUCAUGCCAUCUGACAGUAACGGCAACAUGAACUAUGGUUUGCAUGGUCUAUUCUAUUAGAAUUUUGUAUGCUUUCCCUUGUAUGAAUAUAAACAAUAGCCAUUCGCAUGUGCUAAUCCUUACUCUG